AUGACAGGCACUCUCUCCAUGCGCAUGGUCACCAUGCUCUCUAACCACAAUCUGGAACAGAAACAACACUCCCACACCCACCCAGACACAGGGAGAGGCUUCCUUGUUCUAGCUUUUGAACACUCAAACAACUGCAUAACAGCUGAGAACAAUUGUGUGGCUGACUCUGCCUGCAAUGCAUCCUAUCAGAUUCUGCAAAACUGUUCCCAAUCGUUUGCUAAGAGCAGUUUCUUCCUUCUGCACCAUGAAGCCAGGGACAGGUGCCUAGAGGCAGAAAAGUUUAUUCAAACCAGUUAUUUUAAGGAUUGCAAAUGUCACAGGCGCACACGAAAGCAGGAAGAGCAGUGCCUACGCAUCUACUGGACUGUUCAUUCUGCUUCAACACAAGCUGACUUUCAUUUGGAGGUGUCUCCAUAUGAGGAUGUAGUAGAUGAAGAACCUUCAAAGACCAGAUACAAACACCUGGAAACCCAGCUCUCAGGUUCACGUGUCUUUGUGGACACCACAAAUCCCUGCCUGCAAGCUGUCAAUGUUUGCCAGCUGAACCACAAGUGCAUGCGCCUGCGCUCCAAUUACGCCCAGAUCUGCAGUGCAGGGCAGCCCUGUGAUCAACGCAAAUGCCACCGUAAUCUGAGGCACUUCUUUGAGAGAGUCAGCAUGGAUUUCAUCAGGCCGCUCCUCUUCUGCCCUUGCCAGGAUGAGAUUUGUGGGGAGCGACGCUGGAACACUAUCGUCCCAGAGUGCUCUUUCCAGAGCACCAGCAAACCCAACUGUCUUGUCCUGCUGGACUCCUGCCUGAAGGACAAUAUCUGCAAAUCUCGACUGGCUGACUUCCAAAAACAAUGCAAACCUUCAAGCACAUCCUCAGAUGGCUGUUCUCUGAAGCACAGUCAUGCUGCAUGUCUGGAGGCUUACAUGGGGAUGAUUGGUACAGCCAUGACCCCAAAUUACAUCAGCAAUUCCAGUGAUGAGGUCACACUCUGGUGUUCCUGCACAAAGAGUGGCAAUCAGAAGGAGGACUGUGAUCAAAUUCUUGAGUCAUUUGCUAACAACAGAUGUCUCAGAAGUGCAAUUCAGUCACAGAUGCGCCUGAACCAGGUGACAAGGGUGCUGAAUGAAAAAGUGCCAAGAGUGCUGCAGCUCACACCUUCCCUAGACAUCCAGGCAGAUGGCACCAGCACCAGCACAGUUUUCAGUGCAAAAAUGUCUCAGCAACCUGGGGAAAAUAAAAAGUUGGUGGAGCAUCAGAAAGCAUUUCCUAAUCCUAUAGAUUCUGGAGCAUGGCUUUCUGCACCCCUGUUGACCUUGAUGGUUCUCCUUCUGUUACUCGGCUAAUGUAAUGAAAUCGGCAUUGAUUCUUUCAUGUACUUCCAUGAAGAGGGAUAUCUUUUUCAUGCCAGAGAGGAAGCAUGGACCACAGCUGGCCUCUCCUUGAUGUGCACCCUUCUGCCAGAACUCUUGACAUUUUCAGUCACUCUUCUAGGCUUGUGGGCUGAUUCUUUUCCUGUCGUCCACAAGGGGAAAUAAAAAAGCAACAGGCAGAUUUGUGGGACUGCUUUUGAUAACUGAAAUGUUUUCAGUGUGUUCCAAGAUGUUUUGGUGUCAGUGCAAGAUGAAGGACAGGAAUCUGAUGCACCUCAUUAUCCACUGGUAUUCAGAACCAUGAUGUUGUAUACUUGUCAAUUUCUUUAAUCAUACAAAACAAAGCUGUCUUGAAUUUAGUGAUGCUGGAUGGUAGCUUCAGCUCUUCAUACCUUUCUGCCCAACCUACCUUCCUCUAUUACUGCUUAUAAGAAGUAUAAUCCAUCUGGCCUGGUUGGGCUUCCAUGUUUAUCUCCUUGUCCAAUGUUGUGCAGACCCUUCAGGCUGUCAUAAGAUGGUGCGUACAAGCGUACUGAGGGUUUAUGUGUCACAAUUCCCUGAAGGGACAUCAGACUUUGAAUGUUGUGAACCAUAGAGGCAAGCCCUUAGCUGUGUGGGAUAACCUGGGAUCACUUUCUAGGCUUCUCUGUGCUUUUUGUAACACUAAACAUUUAUCUGUGGUCUAAUAAUUCUGGAUGUUAAGAUUUCUGUGGUGUUCUCCUAUGGUACAAUUAAUAGUAUGUUAAAUACUAGAGAGACAGGUCAAUACUUUGUGCCCUUUACAUGAGACCAUUACCUUGUUGCCUCAGUUUAGACUUGACUGCUUUCUGGAAGAGGCAGCAAGUCAGCCUCAGCAACUCUGCUUUGUCCAGUGUCUAUGGAAUGUGUGGUCAGUAUUGCAAUCCAUUCAUUUCUUGUCUUCAGACCAGAUAAUGUUUUGGUGGCCUGAGUUCAGUUGGCAUUCAUUAUCUAGAAUGACUAGGCCGCCUCCCAUCAGGCAUAGCCAGCAGAGUUAAUGGUCAGACACAAUAGGAAUUGUAGUCAAGGAGUGCCACAGGCGAGGAAAUUAUCUGCAGGAACGUUUCCAGGCAUUGCAGAUGAAGCUCCAUUGUGAUAAAUUAGCGUAAGUUAUGUACAUAGCGUGCAACACUAUGACACAGUGGGCCCAUCUAGAUUAAAAUGAUUAAUUAAUUUGGGGGCUUUGUUUUAUUUGGCUUUUUUUGGAGGGAAGCGGACCAUCCCCUUUGCAGACAGUCACGGCCGCAGGUUUCCUGCCUGUACUCUGCCGCUUUCAGUAACGGACACCUGUUCCUUGUUACUCCUGCCCAGUGAAAGGGCCUCUGUACUGCUCACUAGUACAGAGAGAAACCUUGCCUUAUUUUUGUGCGCAUUUACUGUACAUCCAGUAUCAAAUCAUGAUAUCUGAUUCGCCUAAGCCUGGUGACCCAUUCUGCAGUCACUAUAGUUUAUCAUUAUCCCAGUUCUUUAAUGACGACGAUGAUUAAAGGGCUGGCAUUCAGCCUUUAAGUGUCUGUCCGUAGCUAUCGUGACUGUACAAAUAAAUAUGGAAGCAUGGCUUUAAAAACAAAAGAAUUUAAAUGCGAAGAACAUUAGAACUGUUACAGGACAGGUUGUGUUUAUUUUUCUAACAAUUGGGGGAUGGCAAUACAAUUUUGGCAAGAUGUGGAUCACACUGGUCCAAGGCAUUUGAAGUCUUUUAUGAAUCCAAGCUUGGGAAUGAGCAGAAACAGGCUGAGGACCCCCUUGGCAACGGAAGUGGGUUGCAGCUGUCCCCAGGUGAGGGACUGGGAGACCAUGGAAAGAUCUUCAUUUGCAGGUAAGUGUAUUGACAAAUUCCUUUUCUUGAAAUUAAUAAUGACAACAUUGUUUUCUAUAUUUGCUUCAUUGUUAGAUCAGGCUUAAUUUUUUUUGCACAACACCUGCAGUGGCUGUGCCCAAAACGGAUUCACAAGUGAUACAGAUACAUCAACGUAGCAAUUUUCAGUUACAAAAAUAAACCUUUGAAAUUGUCAUGAAUUAAGAAUUAUGCUUAGUGCAUGAUUUUAUUUAUUUUAAUUUAUUUAUUACAUUUAUAUCCUGCCUUUCCACUAGAAAAUAGUAUUCAAGGUGGCUUACAAUUUUAAGAGCACAUUCCAGCUCAUGGCAGGCCUAUUACUCUUAGGCAGAGUGUAGGGUCCCAAGAGAGCUUUGUCUUCCUCUCCUUCCCCAGUUAGGAUGUAGAAAGUGCCCAUCAUCCUCUCUCCGGUUUCUUUCUUUCCCCAUCACAAAUGUAUUCUCCUUCAGAUCACAAGCCGUUUGCACCAUGGAAGAUGAAGGAUGGGGAAGCAUGCAGAGGGCUUCACCACCUUCUUUCCAACAGCCUCUAGCACUAUUUAUCCACAUUUGUGUAGGAAUGGACAGGGCAAAACUGUGCAGUGUACCUAUAGUGGACUGCAUCAUAUUCCAAUCCCAAACCUCAAUUCUCUUUAUUUUUAGUAUAUUCCACUAGAAUUGUGUUUCCAUUAUCUGUCAUUUAAGUGCUGAGCUCUGCUGACUUUCCAAUGUGGCAUAAUUUCAUACUACCCACAUGGUUACAAUAGUUGUUGUAUUGGGUACGUUGACCAUUCCUCCUGUGCCUCUACUGAAAAAGAAAGACCAGGGCAAUAGAAAUCCUUAAAAUGUUAUCAAGAGUCUUCAGUAUAGAAUCUAGGUCUCUUAGCAAACAUAACAGCAGUGGGAACAUUCAGAGCUGCUGUAAUGUAAAUUCCAAUAUCUUCAAAAUGUGAUUCAGUCCAUAAUAUCCAAAAUAAAGUUUACCAUCACAACACUGGGAGUCGUCUUCCUUUUCAUUCAGCAAGAGAAGCAUUGAAUGUCAACACGUAGGCAGCCUCACAAAAAGUAUAAAAAUGAAUUUAAGCCAGACAGAUCUGUCUCUUCUUUCCUUGCAGUCUGUAUUGUUAGAAUUUAGUUGCAUUUAUAUUACUAGACAGAGGAAACAUUGUCCCUCAGAUGCUCUUUAUAGGUCAGGCGAGAAGAACUUCCACACCAGUCUUUCCAUCACCCUGUCUCUUGGGCCUUGUCCUCUUGGAAUAAAAUGGGGAGAGCAGUCAAUCAUUGAAAACAAUAGCAGGGGUCCUAGCUUCCCUACAAUGGAAAAGAAAGGAAUGAAUGAAUGAAUGAAUGAAUGAAUGAAUGAAUGAAUGAAUGAAUGAAUAAACAAACAAACAAACAAACAAACAAACAAACAAACAAUAAGAGGUUCCCAGAGUUUUUCUCUACUCUCCGACUUCUCUGAGGGCUCAACCAUACUAUAUAUUAGAGUUAGCUGAUUAUUAUAAAAGCAGUUACUAAAAUAAUAUAAACAUCUGAUCUGUCACAGUAGAGGUUCUUCCUUUGCUAGUCAGCUUACUUUUUGUGAUGAGUCACUGGGAGGUAAGCACACUCUUUCUCUACACAUAUGCUAGUUUGGUGUUGGAAGUCUACCUGAUUUCAUGACUUUCAAAUUUAAAUGGACUUCUGCUUCUAAUUAUAGGCUACCUUUAAUGUUUGACUCCCAGUUAGGGAAGGCACCAGGACAAAUGAAGCUUCUCCCAACAGAACUAAAUUUGCUCAAGGAAUGCUCCUUCAUCUGUGUUUGUUGCAAUCAGGGCUUUGUGCACAUCAUAUUUUCCUCAGCUGGGUGAGGUACAGUGUGGGUUACCUUAAGAACAUUAAGAAGAGCCCUCUUGGAUCAGGCCAAGGGCCCAUCUAGUUCAGCUUCCUGUAUCUCACAGUGCCCCCACCAGAUGCAUCUGGGAGCACAUGAGACAAUGAGAUACUUCUCUCCUGAUGCCCCUCCCCUGCAUUUGGCAUUUUUGAGUUACCAUCCUUUUAAGACUGGAAAUUAUACAUCCCCAUCAUGGCUUGUAACCUGCGAUGGACUUUUCCUCC